CCGCUCCGCCAGCCCUCCAGCCCGCCUUCCCACCGCAGGCAGAGACACUCCGAGCUGAACCCCAUGGCCCGCGCCGCGACCCCCGCCGCCCCCCGGCUCCUCCGCGCCGCGCUGCUGCUCCUGCUAGUGGUGGCCGCCGACCGGCGCGCAGCAGGGGCGCCUGUGGUCACCGAACUGCGCUGCCAGUGCCUGCAGACCUUGCAGGGGAUUCACCUCAAGAACAUCCAGAGCGUGAAGGUGACGCCCCCGGGACCCCACUGCGGCCAAACGGAAGACGUAGCCACUCUCAAGACUGGUCAGGAAGUUUGUCUCAACCCUGAAGCUCCCAUGGUUAAAAAAAUCAUCAACAAGAUGCUAAACAAGGACAGUGCCAACUGAUCUAGAGAGCUGGAGAGGCUUACUGGCUACUACUGCAGCCUUAGUGGAAUCAAAGUGAAAGAAGAGAAACAAAUAGCUCCUGGGGCCACCUGGACUGUGUCUAAUGUUUUUGCUUGUUUCUUAUGAGAGUUCUUCUAUUUAUUUACAUAUGUAUUUAUUUAUUUAUUUUUCAAAGCCUGUAUAUUACUAUUCUAUCUAAUAUUUAAAGGUAUGAAUGUGUUUGGCAAUUCUCUGUACUGUUAUUUUAAAAGGUCAUUUUUACAUUAAAUCAAAGUUCAGUGCUGACUGUUAUUUAUUUGAAAGUGAUGUGUUUUAAAUGUUUUUCAUUCAUAAAACUAUUGUGGUUUAUUUUUGGCCGGAUACCACACUGUACCAUCCAUGGUGAUAAAACCUGGAGACAAUAGGGGGGAUCCAAACAAAUAGAUCACUGUUAAGGUAGGGGAAUGUAUUUUUACAUUUACAUUGUGUAUUGAUGAGAAGAUCGUCAGUUGCUGAUGAUCUAUUUAUGGAAAUAGUUUCACCAUCUGUGGUCAACAUUUUUGAUGCUGAAACUUUAAAAAUGACAAUGUUCUAAAUAUCCCUUGGACAUUUUAUGUCUUCCUUGUUAGGCAUAAUGCCUUGUUUCAUGUUAAUUAUGCAGUAUUUUUCUCUGUCUUGGAAUAGAGAAGUUUAAAUAUUUAUUGAUGUAUCUUUAUAAAUAUCAUGAAAAUAAAGGCCUUUACAAAAAUUUUUGCUUAGGUUUCUUUUGUACUUCUUGACCUUUUUUUUCCCCUCCUGCCUACCCAGCACUUGGAUUUUCUAUUGCUGCUGUAACAAAUUAUUACAAAUUCAGUGAUUUAAAAGCAUACGAACUUAUUCUCUCACAGUUCUGGAAGUCAGAAGACCAAAAUUAGUUCCACUGGACUAAGGUCAAGGUGUCCGCAGGGCUGUCUCCUUCUGGACGCCCUAGGAGGUCCUUCUGGAGUCAAUGGAGAAGCCAUUGCCUUGAUCCUUUUAGCUUCCGGAGGGCAUCUGUAUAUCAUAGCUCAUGGCCAUCUUCCUGUGUCUUCAAAGCCAUCAACAUAGCAAAGCCAUCAACCUAACCUCUUCAGAUCUCUUUCUAGGGCAGCAAAUUUUGU